CUCCGCCCGGAAUCACGAGAGAACGAAUUCUCGGCAAGAAUUGAAGAAUUCUUCGGCGCGAAUUUGUGCAAGCUUAGAUUUUUCAUGACUUGGAUUUCUCCGUUGAGUUCGUUUAGCGACAGAGAAUUGUGGGCAAUACAGAGCUUAUUCAAAGCCCAUGGAAAUGGAAAUUCCUGUUUGGUCAUCGUCUCGAAUUCCCUCGAUUCCACCGAAGGCAGACAGAUUCUGAGCCAAUUCUCGGAGAACGGAUUCCGGGUAAUCGCAAUCUCGCCGGAUUUCGAUUCGAUUUUCAGAGAUACAGAAGCAGAGGCCUGGUUCAAUCAGCUCCGGCGAGGCAUCAUAAAGCCCGGCGAAAUCGCCAUAGGUCAAAAUCUCUCGAACUUGCUCAGACUCGCUCUGUUGUACAAAUUCGGCGGAAUUUACAUCGACGCCGACGUGAUAAUUCUGAAGAGCUUCUUAAAUCUCAGAAACGCAAUCGGAGCUCAAACCGUGGAUUUAAGAACCGGAAAUUGGAGCAGAUUGAACAACGCAGUGAUGAUUUUCGACAAGAAUCACCCACUUCUCCUUGAAUUCAUCAAAGAAUUCGCGUCAACUUUCGACGGGAACAGAUGGGGUCACAACGGGCCGUAUUUGGUAUCGAGAGUGGUGUCGAGAUUGAAUCAAAAUCCUGGGUUUAAUUUCAGUGUUCUUCCGCCGUCGGCGUUUUACCCAGUUGUUUGGAGCAGAGUCAGAGGUCUGUUUCAAGGUCCAAAAGACGCGGUUCAUUCCAAAUGGGUGAUUGCAAAACUGAGGCAAAUUCGGUCCAAGAGUUUGGCUCUGCAUUUAUGGAACAGCCAUAGCCGAAAGCUUGAAGUUGAAAAGGGGAGCAUUAUUGAUCUUAUAAGGUGGAAUUCGUGCGUCUUCUGCAAUGAUUCUGCCUCCAGAUUACGAUAAUUAACAAACAGAACUCAAACGAUAAGUUUUAGUACUUUUUUUUUUUUUAAAAAAAUUUAUUUAUAUAAAGAAAUGUAAUAAUGCAAAGAAAAGGUAUGAAAUUUAGAUAUCAUAUUUACUGUCGAAUUGGU